AUGCCGGAAGUGACCCGCGACUCGGCGCAGAGUUGCGGAAUGGCGCUGGCGCGGCGGAGCGCGGCUCCUGCAGGCUCCUCGGUGUUCCACACACAAUCCCUCCAUCUGGACGUAAGGAAAGCGUGCGUUGCCUUCCUGCGAAGGAAUAAAGACAAGUUUGAAGCGUUCGUCGAAGGCUCGUUUGAAGAUCAUUUGCAGCAGCUUUCAAAUCCGAAGAUCCUGUUGUGUUUCUCGAACGGGAAUCACUACGACAGCGUCUACUCGCGGAAGUUCCCGGCCGUCGCUGGGAUCUGUCAGGCGGUGCUGUACGAGCUGCUGUACGAGCACGUGUUCGAGGUGAACAGGCAGACGCUACGGGCCUCCGUGGAGCUCUAUCGCAGCCGCAAGAACCAUGACAGCUCAUCUGAGGAGGCCAUCCUGGAUAGUUUCGGGGGAGAUAUUGAGUCCGUCCCAUUCAGCGUCAUGAAGUCGCUGGACCCGUUUGUGUACAGAAACGUGGAGUUUGAGGUGUGGGUUGCUUCCAGGAAAGAGCAACACGAAGCAGAUCAUGGAUCGGCUCCUGGAGUUCAUUUCUCAGAAGGCGAUCAGUGUCUGGUGCGCGUUGAGGAGCGGGGAGACCGCUACUACCCCGCAUACAUCACGGAGAUCUUCACGGAGAACGGGCCCGUCAACGUCUACGUAGAGGAGCUCAAGGGCAGUAAAUGUGUUGCCUUGAAGAAUCUGAAGCCGCUCUCCUGGAACCCGACACUCACGUACUGGGGAUCGGCUCCAGACUUGGCGGAGCAGGACGGCUGGAACAAGGGUGGGAAGAGGCGGGACGUGAGAGGGCGCCCGGGAGAGAGGGAGGGUGCCCCCCGCGGUCAGAUGAGCCUCCCCCCACGCAUGCAGCAGCAGCAACAGCACAAGUCAGGGGCCAUGCGCUCGCUGGCGCAGCACGACUGCAGCAUGGAGUACAACCCGUCCAUGAUGGACUACUCUGGCCUCGUUCAGGGAGGGCCGCCCAGCAAGGCAGUGGGGCCGGUCCAUCAAGCAAGAGCAUUCGGGCGGAUGCGCUCUCCUCAAGUGAGCGACCCGUGGUACCGACAGACGGCGGACGAAGGCCUCGUGCCCAGUGACACGGCCUUCCCAGCGCUUCCCUCGGCCAGAGUGUACUCCUCCACGCUGGCAUCUUCGGCGCAAGUCGGCACGCGCUUGCCGGAUCACAAGCCCAAGGGCUCCGUUCUGGAGCCCGCGUUCGCCCACGCCCUGAAGACGGCCAAGAUGCCGCCCGACGGCCAGCUGGGAGGGGGCGGCGUUGGUAGCGCCGCCGCGGUGGGAGGCACGAGGGGAGGACCGGCUUCCUUCGGCGGGCCUGUGCCCAUGCCUGGUCACAGCGCCACGUCCAUCAUUAGCUCCAUGCUGCACAACCUCUCGCCGCAGGUUACAAUGUCGGUGUCGCAGCCACGCACUCUGUUGCUGCCCGGCGGAGGGAUGGGCGUUCCUCUCCCGGGCGGCCCCACCGUAGCGCCGACACCGCUGCCCAUCAGCAGGCCCCGCUCGAGCCCCUCGGUGGCGGUCGGCUCGACCACCCAUGCGUGCUCGCCCCUCGCCGUCACGCUGCCCGCGCUGCACCCUCCGGCCGUGCUCUCCUCGGCCGUCAAGCCCUCCCAGGCCAUCUUGGCUCCGAUCGCGGCGCUCAUCCCGCCGUGCCCGACGCCCGGCGCCAUGAGCUCUUCGUCCCCGGCCAUGAUCGGGCCUUACUCAUCCUCGGGUCCACCGCCACUGCACUCCUACAACCAUGCCGCGCUGGGCGGCCACCCCGCCAUGGGGCCCCCGUCGCCCUUCCACGGACACCAGAAGAUCCUUUCGCUCUCGACCCAGGCGAGCGCGGACGGUGGAGGCGGCGGCGGCGGCGGCCAGCGGGACCGGGCGACGCCGCUCAACGGCUUCAGUCCCUCGGCGCUGUCGGUGAGCGGUGACGGCGUGGGGUCCCAGCCGUCUGCAAUGGCCGGUGGUGGCGGCAACACGUCUCCUGCCGGGGUGUCGGGGGACGCCGCGCAGAAUGGAGCUCUGCUGGCCGCCAGCAGGGGUGGGGGGGCGUCGGAGCGGAGUGCAGCCGGCGCAGAGGACAGGACCUCGAUCGCAGGCAUGGCGUCGGGGCAGAAAGCGUCGCUCGACUCGCAAGCUGCGGCUGGGUCCAUGUCUCUGUCGGAUCCGUUCGAUGCCCUCUCUCUCUACUCCAAAGACCCCGAUGGCCGGGAUCUACCCGAAGACCAGAGGCUUCUGCAAUUUUUCUUCAAUUACGGAAUUCAAGCGUUUGCGCAGGCACGCUGGCUGGGCCCCUACCAGUCUCUGCCGGGGCCCUGGACGUCCGUGUACCCUCCGGCCUCCUAUGGCCUCACGCCCUCCCCGCAGCAGUCGCGCUACUUCCCGGCGGGCGACGUGAGCUGGCCCUCCGCGCAGUCCAACCCGGCGAGCAGCCACAACGGCGACUCGCUGGACGUGUGGGCGGCGUCCCCCGGCACUGCCUCCCACGUGCCCGACGCCGCCAAGGAGUGGCCGCCUCCUCAAGCCGUUGGAAGUGGCGGCGGCGGGGGCGGCUGGCCCCUCAACAACGGCGCGGUGGGCGAUCAGCUCAAAGAGCAAGAUGGCUCCGGCGGCGAUGCCUUUGCCAAUGGUAUGGAGGCGGGCUCCAUGUUUAACGCAACGAGCGGUGCGCAGGCUCACUUUCGAGGGGCGUGGGGCAGCGGUGGCGGUGGGGCCGGGGGGGCGCAGGGUGACGGCGGGCCGGGCGGCAGCGCGUACGGCGUGUCCUCCUGGCUCAACCACAUGCAGGGAGGAGCGGUAGGCGGCCCACCCGACUUCCCGUCGCAGGGCUGCAAGGCGCAGUCCCUGUUCGAUGGCGGCGGCGGCGGCGAGCAGCAGGGCAAGGUGAACACGUCCGGCGUGGCCAUGGGCUUCCCCAUGGAUGUGCGCAGCCUCACGUCGCAGGCCGGCAUGGGGCUGCUGAGCGUGCCGCCGCCACCGCCGCCGCCCCACUUCUCGGACUCGCAACCCGGCGGGGGCGGCGCUUCUGUGCCGCCCCCGCCGCCGCUGCCGCCGCCACCAUUCGGCCCGUGCCCCGUCAGUUUCGCUGACGGCGGUGUGGGCCCCCCGUUCCCGCCGUUCCAGACGGUGCAGGCGGAUAUGGCGCUCGCCUCGAACAGCGCCGACUUCCGACCGAGCCCAAACUACUUUGCGAUGGGCGUAGCGCACGGCCACCACGCGCAGCAGCACGGCCUGGAGUUCGGCGUCCCCAGGAUGCCGCCGCCUCCGCCGGCGCCGGCGCCGCAGGGUAUCGUGGGCAGCGGUGCGCGGGUUAGGGGCGAGGGGUCGCAGUUUGCCGGGGACCAGUGGUAUCGGGGCGGGCUGGAGUGCUACGCCGACCCGGGCGGCGCGAGCCAGGUGCGGGCCGAAGCGAUGCAGCGGGCGGUGAGGGAUGGGGGAGCGGCUCCGCCGAUGAGCACCGGCCCCUACACCGCGGGCGGAGGCAAUGGCUUUCAGGUGUGGGGCUACGGCUACCAGUUUGUCCGUUUGCCACAGACCGAAGCCAGCCGGCCAUUAGACCCACGAGGGCAGCCGGGAUUUGAGAACAACCCGGCGAUGUAAUUUUUGGCGAGGGUGGGUGGGCGAGUGGGGGGGCAGGGGUGACGCCACACGGUGACGCGCGUAUAUACGGAGGGGUUAGGGGGGGGGUGGGAAACGCGAAGAAACAUUUCUGAAGAGCUGAUGUCAAAUCGCACCGUUUUGUUUGCUUGGCUUUUUUUUUAGAUUUUUUUUCAUUAAAAUGUUUUCGUAACGUUAGCGUGAAAAUAUCGUUAAAUGCGUUCGGCGUAAAAAAAAACGCAGCGGAAAAUAAACUAAAACCGAGAGGUGCGCGGUUAGCUAAUCAUGCUGAAAUUAGCUGUAGUACAAAGCAGAGAGGAAAAAGAUUGUGAAAGUUACACAUCGUCUCACAUUUAAUGAAAUCCACAAAUUAGAAUAAUAAGUGGAGGAAAUGGACAAUGCCCUCGGGUAAUUGUAUUCACAAGGCCUGCUAAUGUUCAGCCAAUGAAAGGCUCACAUGUUGUGCAUUCGAGAGGUUGAAGUGAGUAAAUUGGGUCUGAAUGAGUUUAUAUUUUUAGUUGGAAAAGGCAACUAGCAUAGCAGCUUGUACCGCAUUUCGUAUGUAUUUUUCUGUUUUAACAUUGUUAUUAAUCUAGAAAGUAAACACAAAUUCUAAACCGAUACCCAGUGCUAAUUUACAUUUUAAAACAUCCAAAAUCAGUACGCGCAAAUUGUGUUCCUGAUGUUAUUUGUAGUUGUCACACCGGCAGCCAUUGAUGCUUGCGUUAUCAUAACGAAAUCGAUUAUUUGUGUCGCAAUAAAUGGCGCAAUAAGAGGAAUACAUUGUUGGAAAUUUGAGAAGAUGAUGUGGGUCAUUGUGUUGACCAAGCAGAGUUCAGUACAACUCACUGGACCUUGAGAAGGUCUUUUCUCUGGGUCGUUAGCGAACGAGCGUCGAUAUUUUCUCUGCUUAGUUUAAAUUCCUGAUUAUUUUUUUUUCUUCCCUUUCUUUAAAAAAUAAAAAUGAAAUAUUAAAUGCCGACGCAACAGAAUGCUCGUAUUUCUUGACAGUUUGAUGAAAAUCAUAAUUGACGCGCCAAUGACACGCACACGCGGUCGUGUUUUUACCGUUUAGAAACGUUCUUACCGGCGCCGGGAGUAAGGGGAAAAUUUAUCCUUCGAGCGAUUUUAUCCGUUUUGUACUGAUAUUUUAAUAAUAAGAAUUAAAAUGUUUUCUUCUUUUUUUUUCACAGUAUGUCGUGUAAUCUUUAAGCGGAGGACGUCGAAAUCGCCUUCCGUUGGCGGAUUUCAAAUACCUAGUCGGGGUUCUUGUGUUGCAAUCAAUCUAGGGAAGGCCUUGUAGACAAAUGUGAUGUCAAACCUUCCAGAUUUCAGGGGGUUCUCGUUGACUGUCCACACAUCAAUAAUCAUGCCGCACAAAGGGGGUGAAUAAUUACAGAAAGAAACUACAAAUACUGGAGAGUAUAUUUUACUCGACGGUAUACAUAAUGCAGAUGAAGUCAAAUGGUCGCUGUGCUUUGCAGCUUUUUUUACCUACUGAAGUUUUGAGUCAACACGAUUGCUUUUUUGGUGGUUAAAGUACAGCCUGAACUUGUGUAUCAGCAGCAGAACAGAUGAAAUGUCAACUGACAGACAACAAUGAAAAAUGGUGCUAAUGUAAUUAACAAGCGCGUAGUGCUUUGGUGUCCAAUUUUGUUGUUCCGCACUUCGCGAAGGGCGCCCUGGAUGCGGCAUAUCGGCCCAAAGAUAUUUUUUCUCCACCUCCCAAUUCGGGCCUUGGGGAGAAUAUGCCCGCGAGCUGUUUGGGCGCAUCUAUGGGAUAAUUCACUGCCUGGUUAAAUGCGCUAUCGGCCGUUUUUUUGAAGCACAAAGUGGAAAAGGGGACACGUGGCACUAAGCCAACUGUCCGCUUUUACCGACUUGCCAUUCGUAGAAAUGUUGCCUGCAGGAGCUUAUUCCUGUGAGUUAAAAGAAACGCUGAGACAGGAUGCGGCUAAAAUCCCUCUCCUUGGUCUGGAAGGUUUUGCAUUGGCAUACAAAGAAGGAAAGCUGCAGAACUAUGCAUUUAAACAGUACCACCAACAGUGCAGUGGCGGUCUAUCUUCAUGGGUGAGGGGUUGUCAGCGUUCUUAUUUCACAGCAUUGUUCUGCUCUCUUCGUCUGACGUCUCGUAUUCGUCACACGCAACUGUACUCACCUACAAAGCCAAUCUCGAUUCUGCUCGGCAAUUAACAAGUGAUUUUACAAAAAUGGUUUAUGCAGAAUCGUACGCAGGAAUAUUUCUUUGAAAUGACAUUGGUAAUUUUCAUUCAUCAUCGACAGCCAUCGGUAGGCCUGCCUCACAUUAUCACCAUGCCUCAAGGUCUCGCCAUGCCACGAUCCAUCUCCCUUCUGCCCAUGUUCACUGGGUUGGCUGCUGUACGUUUACAAAGGAAUGAACACGUGGCCGGAAUUGGCAAUCUGGUGGUUUUAACUCCUGAGUUAGGCAAGGGUUCUGUUGGUAUCAGACGGUAUCACUGGCAUUCUCACACACUGGCAAAUCAUUUGUGGAAAAUGCAAUGCUCUUCCUGGCAGGAAGAAGACCGCGAGAGCCAGCUGUAUGGGAUAUAAUUCCUUACUUUCAAUUUCAGAUUGGGAUGGUAUUGCAACACACCGUUCUGUCCUUGGGUUCAUUCAUCCUCACUUUAUAAAUGUCAAGAUAUGCCACUGCUACUGUUGGAAGAAAAAGCUCGACGCAAAAGUGAACGUCUUUUUUCAUUGCAUGUGCGUAGAUUUUGUCGAAGAGAAUUUACCCCAAAACCCGUUGUCGUCUUUUUUUGUUCCACGUGCGUGCGUGCGGGUUGGGGGUGGGGGGGAUAGGGUUGACAAAAAAACAGAAACGCGUAAUAUGCGAUUUAAAGUAAAAACAAACAAAAAACUAUUUUCUUAUCACGUUUAAAUGUAUUACGUCGCCUGUGCCUAUAUGAAUACAAGCGGAAAUGCGAUUGCCAAAGCUCUCAAGGGUCUGUGUGUUUGAUAUUUGUAUUGGCGUCAAAGCAAUGCGUACCAAAAUGGCUACAGACGUCUCCACCCCACUUCAACCGUGACGUUCAACAAACCGUAUCAUGGCUACUUGCCCCAACCAUGACUGGAUCUAGCUCGUACACUUCGUGGUGUGCAGUCAGAUAUCUGACCAGGCGUAUAACGACGCAUCGGUUAAUAGUCGUUUGGUGGGCUCACGAUGCACACGUGGCAUCGUGCGUGUAAAAAUCGAUCUACGAUCCGUGCAAAUGACACUCAAAACGGUGUGCAAAAGUUGCAUUGAGUACUGUGUAACUGAGUGAAAUUGUGAUUUUUCUUUUCAAAUGACAAACAAUACAAAGGAUAUGGAAAUUAACAACUUGGAACAGAUCCCUGAAUUAUAUCACAACCUGAAAGUGUGACAGUGGAAUCGCUUUGUGGGGUGAAUGAUUAGCAAACGAUUUCUGACGCCGAAUUGUUUACGAUGUGGGGACGAGAGGCCAUUUCUCAAAUGUGUUUGAUUUGAGUGGUUUAACGAAUGAUCAUCGUAUACUAAAGUUCAUCCAUUGGAAUUUUGUGAUUUUAUUCCAUACCAUUCUUCGAUAAAAAAAAGUCACCUUAUCCCAUUUAUUAGCAUGGUUAGUUAUGCAUGGUGCAAAAUAACCUCUACAUACAUAUAAAAUACAGUAAAUUAUACAGUUUUAUAUUCGUUCAAAUGAUGGCUGUAAAACUGUUAUUUCUCAAACGAAGUUUUUGGCCUCAAAUUGGCUUCUUUGUUGCCUUAGCUUGGAUCUUGCACCUCUUCCAAAUAAGCCAUAACCAUUAGAUGGGUUACAGCACAGGAGUGGAGGGCCCCCACACACCUUUUGAAAAGAAUUGCAAUCGUAUAUAUAAAUGACUGCGACAGUCUUGCUUGAGGGAAGUAUGCCAUGAUACAACGAUUGAAGCAAAAAAAAGUGCUUUCAGAAAAAAAGUUACUUGGUAUUGUUACAUUAAAAGGCUUACCAAUGACCUGCGGAUUUCACUGGCAAUAUGCCCAGCAGGAGAACAUAGCAAAAACAACAAGCCCUUUGCGAGUGCGAAUACAUGCAUGUAUAUACACGUCCAAACCUUUAAUGGCAUUGACUGGGGAAACAGAAAUCCAUACUGGACAACAAUUAACGACAUGCAUUUUUUAACCUUGGAACCUCAUGAGGAAAUAGGACUUAAUGGAACCAAAAAAAAUAUGCAGUGCGCCUGAGUUGAAAUGUGAUGAGUCUUGGGUCACUGUGGGAGGUGAAAAUUAGUAUAUGCUAAGGAGUGUAAAUUAACCUGACAAUUCGUGGCCAAACCCAUGUUAAAUUUAGCAACUGUGAAGCAGUGGGGGUUUUAUAAGAAUUACCUGUCUGAGUUAGGCAGGUAGUUCAGAGGUCAAAGUGCAAAGCCAGCACUACUGACAUCCUGGGUUCGAAUCUAGGCAGCUGUGAUUAAGAUAGGCUAUCUCGUGUACAAUGCUGAUGGUCUCAGCCGAAUCACCAAUAAUUCUACACAAACUUAAUAAAACUAGAUUUUGCACUUGAUUUUAAUCCAUUAAAGCACGGGCAAUUGAACUUGUUUUGCCUCAUUCGAUUAUAUUAUAAUUAUCUGACAGCAGAGGUUGUAAGUGUCCAGGAUUAAACGGCCACUUACAUUUUUUUCGGAGUUUUCUGAGAAGUCACGUGUCCAGGGCAAGAUGGGUGCACGGCCAAUAGCACAAUUGGGAUACAUUUUGGUGGAAAGGAACAAAUAAGGACUUGCUCGCCACGCAUUGUUUUAAAUUGACGUUAACGUUUUUGUGAUUUAAAUAAAUUAAUUAAAGUAUGCUCCCUUUACUUAAGGUAAUAAUUGUGUGUUUCUUUUGUAUGGAGGUAAAUACGUAACAAACAUGACACUUCACAUUGUCAAUGUUAAUUUGAAACAUUUAUGUGGCGCGUACAAUUCAAGAAUAUUUCUAUACCUGAAAAAAUAUUAAGUUGCCGUUAAAUGAUAGCACUGUAUCAGAAGAUUAAUGAGUUGACAUUUUAUUUGGGAAAACUUCAUUCAUUUGUUUAAUAACUGGGGGGGGUCCUAAAAACAACUUAAGAAGCCUUAUGGAGAUGCAAUUCUUGGUUAGAAAAUGUGUGUUGUUUGACCACAGAUCUUAUUCAUGCCCCCUGUAUGGCUUUCAAAGCUGCGUAUUUCUUUUCAUCCUGUCAGAUAGCCCACUGAAACCUCCCCCAUCGUUGCUGUGUUUGGGCCACAGGUGAUGACAUUUCUCGGUACGCGAUGAUUGUACGCUUGUACAAUGCCGUGAAGGCAGGUGAUGUGUGGACAGCUGUGUGAGGGCGGGUGGGAAAGCAGGGCUGUGAGGUUGACCCGUUUUGUAUCCGAGCAUUGCCUUAUUAUACGCGUUAAAUAAAAGCUUCGUGCGCGCA